UUUACCAGACAUAAAAGCAAAUUAACUUUCAUUUAAUCUAUUUGUUUAUUAAGUUUCUAGGUGAAUUGGAAUUUACAUGCAAAAAAAGUAAUUCUGAUUGUGGCACAUUCAGGUAGGCAGCAAUGGCAUCAACUGGAAAUAUGUUAACGAUUUUAAUUAGCAGAUGAGUUUAAUUGAUAAGCAGCUAUUUAAUGUAAAUUUGGUGUCUCUACUGUUGUAAUUAUUAUUGUUGUUCGUAUUGUUACUGCGUGGGAUUGAUGGUGUGGGUUUUUUCUUCUCUUGUUUUUCUUUUCUUUUUUAGGUUGAGCUUUGGAAAUCUCUUCGUUUCCUCUUCCUAGAUCCAUUUUAGUUGGGCCUCACGUUGCAGAAAAGUAUUAGUAUCUGACCACAGGGUGGCGCACGAAUCCAUGUCAGCCGAAUCAGAAAGAGUCAUGAUAUGAAAUAAAAUCGGGAAAUGCUUUCUGCAUGUUUCUACACGUGUUAAGGCACAACCGUACGGUUGCCACGGAAACGAGUUCCCCCAUCCAACAACGUGAGGGGUUGCAGCGCACAGCCCUCCGAGAGGACUCCAAGAAGCAAACACUGGGCUUGAAUCAUUUGGGGUUAUCAUGCAGGAUCACAGGAGUGGGGUGAAGCCGUUUCCACCUCCAGUCAGCAAAGACAGGAUCAUCUGUGAUUUUCCCCAAUGCUACACUCCUGAGGCCUCCCUGCAGCUAAAGACAGAUUGGGACAUCCAGGCUAAAGCAGCCUUUAAAGACAAAGCUACCAGGCUUCAGCCGUGGGAUCGUCAGAAAAUGUCUAAAGUGGUGGUUGUCGGAGACCUCAAUGUGGGAAAGACCUGUCUCAUUAAUAGAUUUUGCAAAGAUGUCUUUGAAAGAGACUACAAAGCAACAAUAGGAGUGGAUUUUGAGAUUGAGAGGUUUGAGAUAUCUGGAGUGCCUUUCUCACUUCAGAUCUGGGAUACAGCCGGGCAGGAGAAAUUCAAAUGCAUUGCAUCUGCAUACUAUAGAGGCGCUCAAGUAAUUGUUACAGUGUUUGACAUGGCAGACAUUAAAUCCCUGGAUCAUACAAGCCAGUGGUUGGAGGAAGCCAUGAGAGAAAAUGAUCCCGAUUCCUGUUUCAUCCUUUUGGUUGGCACCAAGACUGACCUUCUGCCCUCAGAUGAAAGGCAAAAAACUGAAAAAGAUGCUGUCCGUAUUGCAGCAGAAAUGCAUGCAGAGUUCUGGGCGGUUUCAGCCAAAACAGGGGAGAACGUGCAGGCAUUUUUCUUCAGGGUAGCAGCUUUGGCUUUUGAGAACUGUAUAAGGAAGGACAUGGAGAAAGGUGUUCCUGCUAGGGUUGGCCUUGGGGAUACUAUCAAAUCAGAUCGUAUAACUCUGGCAGAGGAGACAAAUCAUGAGGUGAAGAGAAGCUGCUGCUGAAAAAAGAGUCUGUCUGUUGAGGCAAGCUGGAAACAGUUACAGCGGCAAGGAUCAAGGACUGAAAUGUGCCUUAAAAGUUUCCCCCAUAUGUUUUUUUUUCUGUCUGUUAUUUCUAUAUUUUGAUGUUUGUAAAUAGUUCAGACAGAUCUUGAUGGGUUGACACUGCCAGUAAUGGAUUCCAUUUGUCACACUGCAUGUCAUGGCUUCAAAUCAGGAUUUUAUAUUACAGUCAAUUAAAAAAAAUAUCCUGCUCAUGUAUUGUUACACAGCACACAUAAAAUACAGAUUUCACUGCAUUUAUUAUUUUAGAAUUGUAUUCUGUUUUAGAAGUCAACUAUAGGAACCAUGUGGAAAACCCACAUAUUUUCUCUGCUUAAAUUCUUCCUGUAAACAGAUCCAUUAGAUCUGCUCUCUGAUUUUAUAGUGUUUGUUCCUUUAAUCAGUGUUUAGUGGAAUAUGUUUCCUCCACAAAAGAAAUAUGUAUUCAGCAAAAAGGCAAAUGUAUUUGUUCACUCAAAAAUAAUGACUGUGUAAAUGGUUUUAAAUAUUUAUGACAUAUAAAUAAAAUAUACAUGGCUCAAAAUUCUAA